AUGGCACCCAAGGCCGAGAAGAAGCCCGCCGCCGAGAAGAAGCCGGCCGCCGAGAAGGCCCCGGCGGAGAAAAAGCCCAAGGCCGGGAAGAAACUUCCCAAGGAGGGCGGCGCCGCCGGCGACAAGAAGAAGAAGAGGUCGAAGAAGAGCGUUGAAACUUACAAGAUCUACAUCUUCAAGGUUCUGAAGCAGGUCCACCCGGACAUCGGGAUCUCGAGCAAGGCCAUGGGCAUCAUGAACAGCUUCAUCAACGACAUCUUUGAGAAGCUCGCCCAGGAGGCGUCCCGUCUCGCGAGGUACAACAAGAAGCCGACCAUCACCUCUCGCGAGAUCCAGACAGCUGUGAGGCUGGUCCUUCCCGGGGAGUUGGCCAAGCACGCCGUCUCUGAGGGAACCAAGGCCGUCACAAAGUUCACCAGCUCUUGA